AUGGCUUCGUCUCUCUCAUCCAAACCAUUUCUCGGAGCUUCAAGGACCGAUGGGCUUUCUGGGUUGUGCUCUAUCUCCUCGGAUCUUCGAAAUCUAUCGUCCCCCUCAGUACAGUUUUUGAUCCGCCCUCGUACUGUCAGGAAGCUCCAGGUGCAAGCAGCUGGGAAUACUUAUGGAAAUUUCUUUCGUGUAACAACUUUUGGAGAAUCACAUGGUGGUGGUGUUGGUUGUGUAAUCGAUGGAUGUCCUCCUAGGAUGCCCCUCUCUGAAGCUGAUUUGCAGGGCGACCUGGACAGAAGGAGGCCAGGUCAAAGUCGGAUUACUACUCCUAGGAAGGAAACUGACACGUGCCAAAUACUUUCUGGAGUUCAUGAAGGAGUGACUACUGGGACCCCAAUUCUUGUGCUUGUACCCAAUACUGAUCAAAGAGGACGUGAUUAUGACGAAAUGUCAAUAGCUUAUAGGCCUUCACAUGCAGAUCGAACUUAUGACCUGAAGUAUGGUGUCAGAUCAGUGCAGGGUGGUGGUAGAUCUUCAGCUAGAGAAACAAUAGGAAGAGUUGCUGCAGGAGCAGUUGCCAAGAAAAUCCUUAAGGCCUUUUCAGGAACUGAGGUUCUUGCUUAUGUUUCACAAGUUCACAAGGUUGUGCUUCCAGAGGAGUCCGUUAAUCAUUAUACACUGGCACUUGAUCAGCUACAAGGAACAACAUUCAAUAUGCAGACUAGAUAUCUGAAUGAUUUAGGACUCUUGAGUAGAGAGUACAUUGUUAGGUGCCCAGACGCUGAAUAUGCAGAGAAGAUGAUAUCUGCCAUUGAUGCUGUUAGGGUGAAAGGGGAAUCCAUUGGUGGUGUUGUCACGUGCAUCGUUAGGAACUGCCCACCGGGGCUUGGUUCACCAGUCUUUGACAAACUUGAAGCUGAAUUUGCUAAAGCUGUUUUGUCAUUACCUGCAACAAAGGGUUUUGAAUUUGGAAGUGGAUUUGCAGGUACCUUUUUAACCGGGAGUGAACACAACGAUGAAUUCUAUUUGGAUGAACAAGGAAAAAUCAGGACAAAAACAAAUCGCUCUGGUGGGACACAGGGAGGAAUAUCCAAUGGGGAAAUCAUAAACAUGAGAAUAGCUUUCAAGCCAACAGCUACUAUUUCAAAGAAGCAGAAUACAGUGACUAGAGAUAAACAUGAGAUAGAACUUAUAGCCCGUGGUCGCCAUGAUCCUUGUGUUGUUCCUCGAGCGGUGCCGAUGGUGGAAGCUACGAUAGCCCUUGCGCUUGUGGACCAACUAAUGGCACAUUAUGCACAGUGUCAUAUGUUUCCUAUCAAUACCGAGCUACAAGAACCCCUGCGCGUAACCGAAGUUGAAGCAGCUGAGGAAGCUGCUCUGCACAGUUGA